UGAUGAAUAUAUAAUGUUUCAGCGUUCGUCAUCAGCCACGCCCCCACGCCCACCCUUUAUAUAAGAGCCGCUCGCGCCCGUCUGUCUCCUUCCGUCCUCAGGAUCGCGUCAGUGUCUUCUGUCCUCCGUCAGAGUCAUGGCUGCCAAAACCGAGCGCACCUUCAUCGCCGUCAAACCCGACGGUGUGCAGCGCGGCCUGAUGGGAGAAAUCAUCAAGCGCUUCGAGCAGAAGGGCUUCAGACUGGUGGCCAUGAAGUUCCUUCAGGCGUCUGAGGAUCUGCUGAAGCAGCAUUACAUCGACCUGAAGGACCGGCCCUUCUACCCCGGACUGGUCAAGUACAUGAGCUCCGGGCCGGUUCUGGCCAUGGUAUGGGAGGGUCUGAAUGUGGUGAAGACCGGAAGGGUGAUGCUCGGAGAGACCAAUCCCGCCGACUCCAAACCCGGAACCAUCCGGGGCGAUUUCUGCAUCGAAGUGGGCAGGAACAUCAUCCACGGCAGCGACUCCGUGGACAGCGCCAAUAAAGAGAUCAGCCUGUGGUUCAAGCCGGAGGAGCUGGUGUGCUUCAAGAGCUGCGCGCAGGACUGGAUCUACGAAUAAACAUCACGCCCAUCUCUGCCUCUCGCUGGACCAGUUAUCUGUCGUGGACUGGAGUUUGUUUGUCACUUCUGAAGCACUUGUUUGAAUAAAACAUGGAAUCUC